UCCAUUUCCAAUCCGUCACUUUCUUCUCUUCAAAAUCCCGCAAAUCCCAACUCCCCAAAAAAAAAAAAAAAAAUGUCAUGGCUCGCCCACUCGCUCUCUAAAUCCCUCCGGCUCGACGACGACGACGACGCCGAAGAUCACGACGUCGUCCGGCCCCACCCCAACCACAAUGAAGCUCACGUCCCACCGACCACCAUCGCCUCCACCAAAUUACUCAAUGAAAUUGAAUCCGACGCAAACGAACAAGAAUUUGAAGACGCCCAAACGCGUGGCGUCAAGGACGACCUCUCGGAAUUCCAGCAAACCCUAACGCGUCAAUUCUGGGGCGUCGCCUCCUUCCUUGCUCCACCGCCACAGUCGUCUGAUCGAUUGGCUGAUCCGCCCGAUUGCGAUCGAUCCGAGCCGCCCGAUCAACCGCCGAUGGCGUCCAAUGAAGACGAAGAAGAAGAAGAGGAGGAGGAGAGCGCGGUUGGUGUCACUGAGGAGGUGUUGAACUUCGCUAGAAACAUCGCGAUGCAUCCAGAGACGUGGUUGGACUUUCCUCUUGAUGAAGAAGAAGACUUGGGAGAUUUUGAAAUGUCUGAUGCCCAGCAAGAGCAUACUAUGAUAGUUGAACAUCUUGCGCCGAGAUUAGCUGCUUUGAGAAUUGAGCUCUGUCCGUGCCAUAUGAGCGAGAGUUACUUCUGGAAAGUCUAUUUCGUUCUUCUGCAUUCAAGACUCAACAAGCAGGAUGCUGAGAUUUUGUCCACACCUCAGGUAAUGGAAGCCAGAGGGAUGUGGAUGCAAGAGCUACAAUGUCAGACUCCAUCAAGUUCUAAAAUGUCAGAACAUGAAUGGUUUGGAAGAAGCACUUCACGUUUAAAAGAGAGUUCAACUACAAUUCAUGAAGAGUAUGAUGAUUACUCUCCAGUCUCAUCACAUACUCCUCAUUAUGAGAAUACACUUCAUAGGACAUUUCCUUUUGAAUCAACCAUGCCCUCCACAGCCUAUGAGACUGAGAAGCACGCAGUUGAGAGUAAUGAUGUGCCAUUCAUUGAUAAGUCUGUUAUUGAAGAAAAUCCCUCCAUUAGGACUGAGGAUAACAAUGUGACAAUUGGUCCAUCCUCUCAGAUACUACUUAAUAGCUAUGACGAUGACGACGAUGAUGACUGGCCAGAGGAUGAUGAUGAAUUAUAUGGGCAUAGUGGCACAGCUAUUGCUUUGAUAAAUGAAGAAGACAUAUCUUUCAGUGAUCUUGAGGAUGAUGAUUUUCAGGCACCCUCCAAAUUAAAGCUCAACCCAAAGGAGUAAGAAAUAUUAAGGACAAUACAUGUAAAUGACUAUGCAUGGGCUCUGCUCAUUGGAGAAAAGAUGGUUACUUAAAGUCAUCUGAUGAACUGUAGGGGCAAGGAAUUUUAGAUAACUUGCAAAUUUCCUACUCAGUAGCCCUACGCGGGGACUCUUCUAAAUCACAUGUUGAACUGUCCUACUGAAUCGUCCUGCGCUGGGACG